GUAAUAGAAGAAGCACCUUCUAUGCGCACUAACAUGAAAGUGCACUAAGCCACAUUUUGAAUCACUACAAAUUAACACACCUAAUUCAUUCUCUUUGUGGGUCCAUCCAUCUUCUCCCAUAGCCAAGCCAACACAACUCAUCAAUACACAACACUCACUCAAACCCCAUCAUUGCCAUCACUAAAUUAUCUCUCACUCUUUCUUUCUAUCCUUUUCCAAAAUGUCUCCAUUCACACUCUAAUUUUGUAUGCCACGUUUUUUUUUUUUAUAUAAUUAAUUUCAAUUUCUUGGUCUAUAAUCUAAACCAUGUGUUUUAAUUGAGGGUGAGAAAUAAAUAAACACUAGAGAGAAAAAAAAGUUUCUAUAUUUUUUUUUUUUUUUGUGAUGGGGUGUUUGUAAAUUAAAGAGCUUGCUAGUGCAAACUUCAAAGCUGUAUUUGAAUUUUUGGCAUAAUGGGAAAUUGUUGCUAUAGGUUGGAAUCAUCAGAUUAUAGAGUCUCAUCCAAUGCAAAAUCAGAAAAAAACCAGGCAAUAAAAGAAAGGCAUGAUGAUAGCAAGUUACCAUCAAAUCCUAAAGAAGUUGAAGAUCUUAGGCGUGAUUCAGCUGCAAAUCCAUUGAUUGCAUUCACAUAUAAAGAGCUAAAGAUAAUAACUGGAAAUUUUAGACCAGAUCGUGUGUUAGGAGGAGGUGGAUUUGGAAGUGUUUAUAAAGGCUUUAUUUCUGAAGAGUUAAGGGAAGGACUUCCUUCUCUUCCUGUUGCUGUUAAGGUUCAUGACGGUGACAAUAGCCAUCAAGGUCAUAGAGAAUGGCUGGCAGAAGUAAUAUUUUUGGGGCAGCUUUCACAUGCAAAUUUGGUAAAAUUAAUUGGAUAUUGCUGCGAAAACGAACAUAGGGUGCUAAUAUAUGAGUAUAUGGCACGGGGAAGUGUGGAAAACAAUUUGUUCUCAAAAAUUUUGGUUCCGUUACCAUGGUCUAUAAGAAUGAAGAUUGCAUAUGGUGCUGCAAAGGGACUUGCAUUUCUUCAUGAAGCAGAUAAACCUGUCAUCUAUCGUGAUUUUAAGACAUCUAAUAUUUUAUUGGACCUGGAUUAUAAUGCAAAGCUUUCUGAUUUUGGGCUUGCUAAAGAUGGACCUGUUGGAGACAAGUCCCAUGUUUCUACUAGAAUCAUGGGAACAUAUGGAUAUGCUGCACCUGAAUACAUUAUGACAGGUCAUCUUUCUCCAAGAAGUGAUGUUUAUAGUUUUGGUGUUGUUCUUCUUGAACUUUUGACUGGAAGAAAAUCUUUAGACAAAUUAAGACCAGCCAGAGAACAGAACCUAACAGAAUGGGCUCUUCCAUUGCUUAAAGAAAAGAAGAAAUUGCUAAACAUUAUUGAUCCAAGGCUAGAAGGUGAUUUUCCACUCAAAGGAGUUCACAAAGCUGCAAUGCUUGUAUAUCAUUGCUUGAACAAGAAUCCUAAAGCAAGACCACUUAUGAGAGAUAUUGUUGAUUCAUUGGAACCUUUGACUACAUACACUCAGCUCCCUAUUCAAAAAACAUUUACUAUUAUCACUGAAUCUCAUCAUGAUCAAAGUAAACAUCAAAAUUAAUUAGUUAUAAGCUUCAUUGUUUUUAGCUUAUAUAUAAAUUUUAUUUCUAGGGACAGGUUUUGCCUUUACUUCACAUUUAGGCAUUUUCUUUCUAUUUUAUCUUUUUUCUUUAUUUGUGUUUCAACAUUUUGGUUGUCCUAUGCAAUGGGAUUUAUGUAUGGACUAAUGUCAAUUUAAACAGAAACAAACAAGCAAUGGCAGCACAUUAUUAGGUGUUCUGUUCUUUUAAUAAUAUUCAUAUUUCCUCUA